AUGACGAUGAUGAUGAUGAUGAUGAUGGCUCAGCGGGGCCGGGCUGCUCUGGAGCAGCUCCUCCCUCUCGCUAUUUAUUCCUGCGCGGAGCUCCGCGGCUGAAUCUCCUCGGAGCGAGCGCGCAGCGCGUUCCCAGCCGCCAUGGCCCGGCUCCUGGGCACCUCCUGCCUGCUGCUGCUGCUGCUGCUGGGCGCCUGCACCGACCUCGCCUGCUGCAAGAAGGGCAAAGGCAAACCCGGCUGGGGCGCGGGCAGCCGCCAGCCCAGCUACCCCCGGCAGCCCGGCUACCCCCAGAACCCCGGCUACCCCCACAACCCGGGCUACCCCCACAACCCCGGCUACCCCCACAACCCCGGCUACCCAGGCUGGGGCCAGGGCUACAACCCGUCCAGCGGAGGGACUUACCACCAAAAGCCGUGGAAGGCGCCUAAACCCAAGACCAACUUCAAGCACGUGGCGGGGGCGGCGGCGGCGGGCGCCGUGGUGGGGGGCUUGGGGGGCUACGCCAUGGGCAGGGUGAUGUCGGGCAUGCACUACAGCUUCGACAGCCCCGACGAGUACCGCUGGUGGAGCCAGAACGCCGCGCGCUACCCCAACCAGGUCUACUACCGCGACUACCGCGGCCCGGUGCCGCAGGACGUCUUCGUGGCCGACUGCUUCAACAUCACCGUCACCGAGCACAACAUCGGCCCCGCCGCCAGGAGGAACGCCUCGGAGGCCGCCGCGGCCCUCAACCAGACGGAGGCGGAGCUGGAGACGCGCGUGGUGACCAAGGUGAUCCGCGAGAUGUGCAUCCAGCAGUACCAGGAGUACCGGCUGGCGUCGGGCGCGCGGCCGCGCCCGGCCGAGGCCUGCCUGCCCGCCCUGCUGCUCCUCGUCCUCCUCGCCCUGCACUAGACCGCCCUAAACCUUCCUGGUGUCACCCUGUCCCGCCCUGGUCUCGGCUGGUUUUGGUGAGGAGCCUCCGGUUUAGGCAACGGGAUGAGAAUUUCCUUUUCCGCCCCGUAACCGCGGCCUUCGCCUCCUCCUCCUCCUCCUCGGGGCCGCCCCGAGAGGGACCAGGCCCAGGGGGAGCUCUCCUUGGCAGGAGCUUCUCCAAAAAUCCUCGUGGGUAACGGGCAGGGUUUCAUCUCAGCCCCCCCGGGGGGUCUCGGAGGGGCUUUUUCAAGCUGCCAGGUUGCAAUUUGAAGUGUUCCAUCCUAAAAAAAGCCCCUUCCCCGUGUACAUCGGGAGCUGCCGCUCCACCCCCUGCAUGCUGCAAAACCCCUGCAGCAACUGGCCAAAAUAAAGUCAUUUUUUACUCCCUGCCACAGCCAGGCCGAGGCACUGGUCGGUCUUUAGGGGCAGAAAGUGCUGCUGAAUGCCCUAAACACCCCCAAAAAGGUGUUACAGCCCGGGAAAAAGCUGGUUUGGGUGCUCCAGGUGCCAAGUCGUGCUCACGCUUCGGCACCUGGGCCUGGAGGACGUUAAAGUGCAGCACAAAGGAUUCUCAGGGGGGCCAGGCACGUAGCAAGAGCCUGAAACCAGCUAAACCACGCCGGUACAGCAACCAGCACCGGGAAAAACGGGGGUGGGAAGGGAGAUGCUUUACAAAAAAUCACAUUUGCAGUAGUCCCUUUGCCCUGUGGAAGCAGCGGGUGGAAUUCUUGCUUCUCGAGCUGUAACACCCGUGGCGCUGCGUUUGAUAUCUCUCGUGUGUUUUAUUUUUGCAAGGCACUGAAUAACACUGUCCUAAACGAGGUUUUUUUUUCCCCCCUCCUUUUUGCAUCGUUGUACGCUAAGUGAAGAUAUAUAUUAUAUAUAUAUAUAUAUAAAAAUACCUAUAAACAGAGAGCAAAGAAGCCUUUGGGGACAGGCACCGGCAGAGCAGGGCUUUGAGGUGCCCGUCCUUGCGCGGAUGUUUUGUAACCGUCACGCUGCAUGCCCGCCGGGAUUUGCCGUGCUGAGCCUUUUCUAAGUGUUCCACGUCUGGUACCAAUUAAAACGGAUCAAGCCAAGGUGCCCGGCAGCCUCCUUUGUGUGCCAGCCCCGGGCAUUUCUGCAUUUCCCGCAUUUCUGCAUUUCCCGAAUUUCCCUGAGGGAGCUUUUGUUCCCUUCCAGCCCCAAGUUUGGCCCAAUCCCCACAGUCCCAGUUAACCUUUUCUCCUCCUCUGCUCCCACCGAUGGCACCGCUGCAGUCCAAGAGUUUUCUAAUUUCUGUCUCGUUCCAGUUUCUGUUCUAAUAAAGGAGUUUUUACAUUU